GGCGUGGCCUGUCCCGACGAAUCAAUAAACUCGGCAUCCUUCCAACUUCCUACGGCUGAAGCCUUAUCUUUCACUCACCUACACGCAUUUGUGUGCACGUGUUUUCUGUGUGUCCUGUGUGCGAGUGUGUCUGUGAGUGUGUGUGUGCUCGAACACUGCCCUGAACCCCUCUCGUCGGCCUUUACCAGGGUAGAUUUUUUUCUCUCUCCUCUCCUCCUUCUCGUUUCCGCUGGGUCGAUCCACUGUUUAACCCACGACAGACGGCGAAAGAAGGAGGAAGAGGAUACGUGGGGAGAAAACCUACUUUAGCAAAAAUGUAUAGCUACAAUUUUUAAAGUCGUUUGAUGUGUAAAGUUACCAUGGCUCAGGAUGGGAGCCCGAAGGAAACGGUUGAAGCUUUGACUAAGGAGGUUGAAGCCCUCAAAGCAAAGUUGGAAGAAGAAAGGCAAAAGUUAAAUGAUAUGAGCCGACAAUUUUCUCCAGUGGCAAGCAUUGGAGAAAGGUUAGAACUGAUUGCCUUUCUCAACAUAAAACCUCGAAGGUUGCUGAAAGGCCAUCAAGCGAAAGUGUUAUGUUCGGACUGGGCUCCAGACAAGCGACACAUCGUCUCAUCAUCUCAAGAUGGAAAGAUGAUAAUUUGGGAUGCGUUUACAACAAAUAAAGAACAUGCUGUAACUAUGCCUACUACUUGGGUGAUGGCCUGCGCUUACGCACCAUCUGGAAAUUUUGUUGCAUGUGGAGGUCUUGACAAUAAAGUAACUGUAUACAGUCUCAGUUUUGAAGAUGAUGUGUCUGCAAAAAAGAAAACAGUUGGCACUCACACUAGUUAUACAUCUUGUUGCACUUUUCCAAAUUCAGAUCAACAGAUUCUUACUGGAAGUGGAGAUUCAAGUUGCGCUCUAUGGGAUGUGGAAUCUGGUCAACUGUUGCAGAGUUUUCAUGGCCACACAAGUGAUGUCAUGUCUCUGGACCUUGCUCCAUCUGAAAAUGGGAAUACAUUUGUGUCAGGCAGCUGUGAUAAAAAAGUAUUUGUUUGGGACAUGAGAACUGGUAAUUGUGUUCAAUCAUUCGAAGGCCACUUAUCUGACAUCAACAGUGUCAAAUUUCACCCAAGUGGAGAUGCAAUUGCUACUGGCUCAGAUGAUUCUACAUGUAGGCUGUUUGACCUAAGAGCCGAUAAGGAAGUUGCCCUUUACACCAAAGAAAGCAUUAUAUUUGGAGCCAAUUGUGUGGAUUUUUCAGUCAGUGGCCGAUUGCUGUUCGCUGGUUACAAUGACUACACAAUCAACGUCUGGGAUACAUUGAAGUGUGUUCGCGUAAGUUUACUUUAUGGUCAUGAAAACAGAGUAUCAUGUUUGCAAGUAUCUCCAGACGGGACUGCUCUGUCCACCGGAAGUUGGGAUUACACACUGCGUGUUUGGGCUUAACAUCAAAUUCAUAUCUACUGAGCUGGAUCAGGAAAUCUAUAGAAGAGGUAUAUACUUUUGCUUGGUUAUGUUGGUAGGAACUUAGAAGAAAGAUAUGUACAAAAUAAUGGUUUGUUGUUUUACUUGUAUCUAAUUUCUACUAUGUUAUUAAGAUGUUAUUUAUUAUUAUGUAGGAAAUAAAAUAUUACCAUAUA